AUGGAUGAAUCCUCUGCCCCACUGGCCGAUUACUUCUGGAUAGCAGGUAUCGAGUCCAUAUCCUAUCAGGACUUUCCCAGCUCGGCUACUUCCACACAGGUCGACACAGUCAUCGCGGAAGAUGGCGAACCAGAAGACGCGGAUGAGCCCAACGGCCUGCUGAAGCGUGCCGCACGGCGUUCUCAGCAGAAUGCCGGACACCGGCUUUCAAAGUCCUCCAUAGCCAACACCAUCCACACUCUGGACGAGCUUGAUGGAAAUACUAGGAGUAACAGGAGCAGUGCUACCAUACGACCAGUUCCUACGCCUGCCGCUGCUGCAGCUAGCCAGGAUGGCCUGCUCUCAAUGGCAGACUUCGACUUCGACAAGGCUCUCGUUAAAUUUGCCGCAGAGAGAGAGAACUUUCUCGAUGACUUGAGUUUCUCUGCUGGGGCCAAGACCCAAGCACGGCCUCCCAUGGUCAACCCCAGGACGGAGCGGAUCAAGGCAGACGAAAAUGCUAGCGGGCGGUUGAGUCCCCUCAAGAGCAUCCGAGGGAGCAUCCGCGGCAGCAUCAGGCGGAAAAUAAGUUUCAAGGACAUGAGCAGUGCGCGGAAGCCGCCUGGUCCUCCUAAGCCUGGUAAGUGCACAUACCCCUCCACAUAUUCUGACAACGCAGUCGUAGCUGCCUCCAUCAAGACUGCAAGAAGGUUGAGCAACUACAACUCUGUGAUUCCUCCACCGGAACCACUCAAUCUGGAUCCGGACAUGCAUCCACUGAAACGCCGAUUCGAACCCGAACUACUCGAUCGUUAUCCUCCGCGCAACGCAGACGAAGACCUCAGUCGACGGGGGAGAUUCCCCGACUAUGUACCCAUGUUCGCUUUUCCAAACGAUAUCCAGAUUGUCUCGUCUGAUGACCGACCGAGGUCUACUUGGCACGGCUUCACCAUGACAUCGGAUGACUCAUCGAGGAUUUAUGGAAUCACAGUAGUCGUCUGGACAGCGGUCCCUGCCGACACCGCCGAGGACAUUGAGCGACGUUGUGAACAAUGGCGACAGAGUCACAUGUCCAAUGAAGAACGAGAACUGGCAGGCAGCCUCGGCACUCGGCUCGCCGCAGAGCGGGCACAUCUGUCCCAGUUGCUGGCCAAGUUGCCCACGAUACCCUCUGGCUCAGCAGCACGUGAGCGACUGGACGAGCAAAUUAGUGCGGUGGAGGAAAAGAUCAGUCUGAUGACGGAAAUGCUACGGCCACUGCGGCACGGAGCCGCGUCCAAGAUUGAUGGCCUGACCGCGGGCGAGAGCGGAUUGUGGACACCUCGAGCUUACGGCAUUCUUGGUCGAGAUCCUUCGCGAAUCGGCUUUUGGAAGGACUGGCUGCGGGCCGUCGUCGUGCCAAUGACUGAUGGUGGCGUCCUCAGGGUCCCGGCAAGCUCUCCUCGGGUUGGCCGAUGGCAGCCUUUGGAGAGAUACGUGGUGAACUUGUGCGCAGAGGCGUUCAGCCCCCUCAGCUCCAAGACGCAGGUAGAGAUCGGCGUGCGGGAGCUGCGCCUCUAUGCUCGUAAAGAAGCAGCAAACGAGCUGCCUGGCUCCCGAAGCAUCGACCUCUACGCCCUGUUUAGGUGCCUCUCGCUGGAGAAUGUCGUCACCCUCUUCGAGUACGCAAUGUCAGAGUCGCGAAUCAUUCUCCUCUCCUCUCAUACAUCCAUGCUUCAUCUCGCAGCACAUGCGCUGCUCAAUCUCCUAUACCCUCUCACGUGGGUUGGAGUCUUCAUACCUAUCCUUCCAGCUCGUCUCCUCUCUGCCCUUGAAGCCCCCUGUCCCUACAUCGUGGGGAUAGAGCGAAGGUACGACCAUAUAGAGCUCCCUGACGAUGACUACGUUCUCGUCGAUCUGGACAAGGACACGAUUGAUGCCACCAAUCAACCAGUGCGACUUCCCAAGCAGCACAGGCGCAAGCUGAUGGCAUUGCUUCAGCUUGCUGCACCACAUCAGAUCCGCUAUGGCGUCACAACCGGGCCACCGCCUUACGCCAUCGAAUCGUAUCCAUACGACGCAUUUGCAGCGGAGAACGAGGGACUUUUCAACGAGAGGGCCAAGCCGAGCACGCUCUCAAAGUGGGUGAGCCAAAGCUCUACGACGUUUGGAGAGGCUGAACCUGCCGAGAACAUACGGCCGCCGAUCUUCAAUGUUUUCCCGCAUGCCAAGCCAGGCGCUCCUGAUCGUCCUUCCACAAGCAAGUCAAACAGAACAAGCCCACAAUCGUCCGUCUCACCGACGUCAGCUCACUUUCCACCUGUGCCGAUAACACCAAUCUCCAGGAGUGACUCAGGUUUUGCACUGUCAGCGACGCUGCGUGAGAAGCGUUCGGGUAACCUCAAUGAGCCAGUGGGGAGGAGGAGCUCGUCAUUCGGCCAAGGGCCAGUGCCUCGGCCCAACCCGCCGUUCUUGAAUGGCCACCAGCCCAACGCAUCUCUCUCAGCUAUCUCGGUGAAUUCCCAAUCGUCCUACGGCGGCGGAUAUGCCCCGUCCACUUAUGCGCAAUCGACGAUAGCCGCCUCAACAAUCAUGCCUAAUAUGCUUAUACAACCAGUCCAUAACACUGACACUGUUGUGUGGGUGGAGGGCCACUGCUUCCAUUUCCAAGCAAAGGACAACACCUCGGUGUGCGCGAUCUGCGAUGAAAGAGCCGAGGGCGAUGGGUGCUACAAGUGCACGGGCUGCAACAUUAGCACACACGGGCGUUGCCUCGGCUGUGUCUCGGUGGUCUGCCCGAUCGCCUUCAACGCGGACAAGGUUCGUGCGGCAUUCGUGCGGUGUUAUGCCAGUCUGCUAUACACUUACCGGAAGCACCUUGGGCGGCCAUCGAAAGAGCAGAAGACGAAUGGGCAAUUAUAUGCCUUCGAUAUGAACGGGUUUAUACGGAAUCUGCCCUAUGACCAACAGGACUAUGUGACGAUGAUGAAAGACACCCAAGCCUUCAACGAGUUCAUCCACGAGAGGGAGCUUAAGCCUGCCGCAGACCCAGAAGUCCGACUCUUCGAUGAAGUUCUCCUGGCCAAGAAAUCGAGAGGCAAGCCAGGCUUGAGUGGCUUGUCACGACUCUCCACCAUUCGAGCCUCGCAUGGGUUGUCCAGUUCAAUGGGUGGACUCCAGCUCCCCUCAAGGUCAUCGUCCUCAUCCUCCUCGUCCAAAUCAUCGUCCUAUCUAGCCGAUACAUAUGACCAUCUCUGGCGGACGGCUUCAGUGCCUGUUCCCAAUGCCAAAUUCACCGGUGAUUAUCGAUCUGUCACGACGAGGAUUCCAGCCAGACUCGAUACCAGUCUGAUGAAGGAGCCUCGGGCGAUCCAGGGCGUGCCCCGCCCAGAACAGCGCACCCGUGGCUUCAUGCGAAAGCAGGUUCCUAGCAUGGUUGCACUCGGCAACUCAGUGCCGACCAUUUCACAUCCGGGCAAGAAUACAUAG